GAGAAAGUGAAAGUACAGCCUAAAUUUUUCGGGAUUAACCAUAUUAAUUAGAGAUCUAUCUAGAGUAAAUCUAGACAUAGAUCUACAACACCAAGUAGUACAAACAAGAUCUAGUCCUAUAAGUCUACAUCUUCAUGGAUGGAUCUAGAUUUCGUGAGUCAAAAACCUGUUGAGCAAAAUCAUUGAAAAUGCAACGUAAAGGCAGUAAAGCUGAAUCAGGAUCUCAACUUCUUGCUAGGCUUAUUUCAAGAACUGACUUAACAUGUGUUGAUCCAUAUGUUUUCUGCCAUGCUGGUCCUCCUUCUGAAGUGCCCUCCAAUCAAGGGAAGAUCAUUGAGCUCUACGGAACUGAAGGUGUUGGGAAAACUGAACUGGCCUUGCUUUACACCGCCAAGAUCUGCUUACCUUCUGAGUGGAAGGGGCACCACCUUGACGGAAGAGGUGCAAAGGUUGUGUUUGUCGACACAGAAUUUAAAUUCUCAGUUCUUCACUUGGCUAUAAUAAUGGAGCAGAUCAUACUAAAAUACAUCAAUAGAGAAUCAUCACUAACAAUUACUAAAGACAAUGAAAAAGUUGGACAAACACGGGAGUCAUACAAUAUUCCAAAUCAAGAUGACCUAUCUUCUAAAGAGCUUUUUAAGCCAAGUCAAAGUUCCCCUUCUUGCAUUAACAAUGGUACUAUGUCUGGUCAUACGUCUGAAUCAAAGAAAAUGAAUUCUGAAUCAAAUAGUAAAAUAUCAAUUCAAAACAAUCUUGUUAACCCCACAGAUCAGAAUUUGUUGGGAAAAAAUGACAAACAAGAGAUUGAAUCAUCUUCUAAUGCUGACACAAAAAAUCCCCUGACAGAAGAGGAUGUUGAAACAAUUGUUCUUGAUUCUUUAGGAAGGUUGCAAGUAUUUAGAGUCUCAAGCACCAGGGAGCUAACUGCCACACUCAUAUCUCUGAAUACCAUGAUGUCUGGUGACCCCUUGUUAUCUCUCAUUGUUGUAGACACCAUCUCUGCCUAUUACUGGAUUGACAAAACCCUCUCUACUGACAGCAGUCAUUGCACAGAAAGCUGCAUGUCUCCCAUUUCCAACAUCAUUGCCAAGCAGGUGGCAGAGUUUGGGGUAACAUACCUGACCAUCAAGUCAGCUCUCAUCGGUCAGAAAAGAGCAUGGGUAAAUGAGGUAGAACAUGCUAGAAAAAACUGUGACUCGUCUAAGACUGAAUCUGCGAUGACUGACCAUGUCGAGUUUCUUGGCCGGUCAUGGAGUAAACUUCCUCUGCGCAGAAUUGUUCUUACUCAAAACAUUGCCAAUGGGAAAAAGAAAGUGAUAGCUAGUUGUUCGGAGUGGCCAAAUGAGAGAGUGUUUUCAUUUUUGGAUGAUCUAUUACAAAUGGAAUGAAAACUUCAAACUUUAUAUUUUACAGAAAUCAUGUGCUCCAGCUCCUUAAAACUUGUUCACCCACUGUGUAAUAAAGCUGUAAAGGAUUGCUUCGAUUGCUUUUGAAUUUUUUUAGACAGUGUUAUACCCUGUGACAUGUGUCAAAAAUUCAUAAGGCCCUCAGAGCAAAAGAUAGUGAGGUGCAUCUGUUUUAUAAUAAUGAAAUAUUACAUUACAUUAGAAAUAUUAUUGUUGUUGACUUACCUUUUUAUUAUUUGGAAUGAAAUUUUGAAAAGGAAAAGAAAUAAUAUGAAGCUUUGCUAUGAUGUAACAUUUGUUGUUGUUUUUUUUGAAGAUUUUUUUGUACUCAGCAUAGUUUUAUGUAUAAAAAAAAAAUUGGAGACCUUUUUUAAAUCAAACAAAGAAAUGUUCAUCAAAAUCUCACUUUUAUUUAGACCUUUCUCAAACAGUUCUUGUAAUGUUUUGUUACGUUCUGAUAUCUCAAAAUGUUCUUAAAUUACUCUGGUCCUAUCUCUUUGCAUUGGGGCACAAAUACAUCAUAGAUAACUAAGUAAAUAGAUAAAAGUAAAAUAAGUAUGCGACAAACUGAUUGAGGAUAUGAUACAGCAUGAACCUGCCCUAACGAAUGUGACUAAAUGAUCAUCUUAUUGAUUGUUGCCUUGCAAAAGAGCGUACAGCUCUGCAGAAAAAAGCUGGCUAGAGGAAGAAGAAGAUUGUUGACAUACAGACAAGGGGGUUGGUUAAUGGCCAAUCAUUCAUGGCUUAUCUUAUCUUAUAUAUUACAGAUGUUACUUCAAAAAAGUAGAUAAUUAGGUCCUAUAAAUGCAUUUCAUUUGUCAAUCUAGUUAUGCAUAUUAAUGACUUAAACUCUGCUAAUUUGUUGGUUUUCCUGGCUGAUUCAGGCAACCCAUCCCACUCUCUAAUGGCACUACAGAAGAAGGAGCAUCUGUACAAAUUUGUUACAACGUGUGGGAAGAGUCCUUUGAUUAUUUUUUUUUUCAAGGGUGCAUCUU